AUGGGCGCCAGCGGCUCCAAGUCGCGGGGGCUGUGGCCCUUCGCCACCCCGGCGGCGGGCGGCGGCGGCCCCGAGGGCCCCGGCGGGCAGCAGGCCCUGGCCCGGGCGCGGGCCGCGCGCGCCGCCACCCCCUUCGUGUUCACACGGCGCGGCUCCAUGUAUUACGAUGAAGACGGGGAUCUUGCCCACGAGUUCUACGAGGAGACAAUCGUCACCAAGAACGGGAGGAAGCGCGCCAAGCUGAAGAGGAUCCACAAGAACCUGAUACCUCAGGGCAUAGUGAAACUAGAGCAUCCUCGCAUUCACGUGGAUUUCCCAGUGAUUAUCUGCGAGGUGUGAGUCCCAGACAUCGCUGCCCGUGGAUGGGAGGCCCUGCCCCACCACCUCCAACCUCACUGGGGCAGGCUGCAUCGUGUUCCCACCGAGGAGGACUCCAGCCGUGUGGCAGGAUGGUGGCUCUCCCCUCGCCUGGAGGUGAGGCAGGACGGAGCAGGCCUUCGCAGGAGAUGGGUGACUCUGUGCAAUGACUGCUUAAAAACAUCCUCGCUUGAGUCAGAAGACUAAAAUACCUUUUGUAGCCUCUAGCCGACGUUUGAUGGGUAACUGGAACUGCAAACAAGCUGCUGUGAUUGAGCUGUGAAAGGGAGAGCAAGCCUGCACUUCUCACCAGAGAGAAUCCCCUGCUUCUCAGGUAUGCGGCCCAGGGAGAGCCAGGGCACGGCACCCCGAGGUCCCUGGGGCCCGCAGCUCAGAUGGCCAGUGUUGCAGCAUGUCCCUUUGACACCGGUGUGAUGUGAUGCUCCCCUGCGUGGGUUUGUUGAUGGAGGAUAAGCAGAGCAGGCUGAGGGGUCUCAAAGCACAUUGGGCUGGCUGCUGCUCUCCUCUCGGGAAGGGGAUGGAGAGCAGAUGCCGCUCUCUUAGACCUCGGUCUCUUCCCCCACUGUGUUUCCUCACUAUGCCAGUGCUGGGGAGGUUGGCUUUACUGCUGCCUGCUGGAGAUCUCUGCAGUCCCUGGCCCCUGCUGGUGGCAGCAAGGUCCCAGCUCCGCAGCGGACUUGCCUCCCCCAUUGUCACACUGGCUCUGCUGAGCGCCUCCCUCGCCUGCCGCGGGGCUGGGCUGCCGGGCAGCUUCCUCACCCCUGCUGCUCCUUGAACAUACCUCCCUGUAGGCUGGGCCUCGACUGAGCCAAGCAGGAAAGGAAUCCUGUCUUCUUCCCUGUGCCCCCGAAACAAUCAAUUGGUGUACCUGCCCCGGCUUGGAAAUCUCCCUGGCGAUGUGAACUGUGGUUCCUCCCGCAUCCCAGCUGGCGGCAGGAGGAGAAAUGCGAUGCACUUUAAAGGGAGGCUUGCUGCCCCACCUCGGAGGGCCCUGCUCUUUUCUCCUCUUUCCUCCCACCUAAGAAGGUCGAGGUCUUGGCGGCACGAAGAACCUCUCACCCCUGUGUGUGUCCAGCUGCUGGGGGAAAGGCCUGACCCCAAAUGCCCCUUGGCAGCACGAGGAGCCCCUGCCUCCCUGCUCAGCUGUGCCCAGACCGGGCAGGCAGAGGAGGACCGGCAGCAGGCACAGCUUUAAAGUGGGUCAGAGCCUACUCCCCACAGCAGCCAGCUCGGCUUUCCUCCUCUUUCGUUCCAGAACUUAUUUACUUUCUAAGCACUUCAGAUGUUUGCUACCUCGAUUUUUAAUUUAAGCUGCUGGCACUUGGCUGCCAGCCCUGUCGGUGUCUACGUUGGAUGUAUCCAUCCCCGCGUCCGCCCAGAGCCGCCCGGGCGCGGGGCCGCAUUCCCAGCUCCGGGGAGAUAACAGCGACGUGGCUGUUGCUGGCUUCCUGUCACCACCUCUUCCCUUCACGUCCCUCCACCCGCGGUUCCCAUCGACAGGAGCGAGCUCACGGGGUGAAAUGGAUGUGCUGGCUGCCACCAGGCAGGAAAGUGGAAGGGCAGGGCUCAUCUACACUGUGAUGCUGGGCGCUUCUUUCGACAUCUUUUGUUCUGCUUGCUUGGAAGAGUCUUGUCUUAAAACAAUCCCUCACUGAAGUGUUUCUUAUUUGCACCACCUGCUCUUGAGUUUCUCCCUGGCUGGAGCUCCCUGGGAAGGGCAUCCCUUGGGCUCCACAGGAGAGCAGGAGCUGCUGUCCCCAGGAAGAGGAGAGAAAACCGUGGCCACGCUGUCUGUGCUGCCUUGCCCCA